AUGGCAGCACCAAACUUUGUUCCUCUGCUGUUACUAACCAUGAUGGUGGGAGCCCAGAAUGUGGUUGGUCAAGGUGCAGCGAGUUGGUGUGUGGCAAGGAGCGAUGCUAGCAAUGAUGCACUGCAAACCGCGUUGGACUAUGCAUGUGGGGCUGGUGCUGAUUGUCUUCCCCUUCAGUCUGAGGGUCUCUGUUUUCUCCCUAACACCAUUCAAGCUCACGCUUCGUAUGCCUUCAACAGCUACUAUCAGCGCAGAGCCAGAGCUCCUGGGUCCUGUGAUUUUGCUGGCACUGGCACCAUUGCCACCAGUGAUCCCAGUUAUGGAUCUUGUGUGUACCCUUCUACUGCAAGUACUGCUGGAGGAUCAAAUACACCAAUCACAACACCACCUAUGAACAACCCUAAUGUGCCACCAUCUACAACAACAACAACACCAAUCUAUGGUGGGGGCAAUACUGGUGGACUAACUCCUGGGAUGAGCACUCCAUUACCUGACAAUUCUAGAGCACCACCAGAAGCAACGGCCACAUUGUUUUUAGUUUUAUUUUCUUCUAUCAUUAUAUCCAUUAUCUCUUAG